AUGGGCAACCGCGUGGCGAGGCUGGUCACGCCCUGCUUCGCGCCGCCCGCCGACGGUCACGCCGCGGACGACGCGCACCACUACACGGAGGCGGCGGGGGCGGCGGAUGAUGGCACCGGCGUCUGCCACAUUCUCAGCUUCGACGGCCGCGACGGGCGCAUCCACGGCGUGCUGCUGCCGUCGAACCAGUCCACGUCGGGUGGCUCCGUACACCUGAGCGACCGGCCGUCCUUCUCCGGCUCGUCGUCGUUCGACAGCUCCAACUCCUUCUCGUUCCGGACGCUCCAGCCGCGCCAGUACUCGGGCCCGCUGGAUAGCUACGGCGGCGGUAGCAUCGCGUCGCCGUCGACGUCGACGUCCGCCACGAACUCGGGCGUGUCGUCAGUGCCACGCCUCCCCGCGCGCACCGACGAGCAGAUCCUCGCGGACCUCUACGCCACGCGGCGCCGGCGGCGGCAGUGCCUGCGGCAGCAGUAG